AUGCCGAACGCGCAAGAUGUCCUUACGGCGGAUGACUUGGAGAAGACCAUGACGCAUGAUAGGUACGCAUAUUCAGGGACGGCGAAAGCCCUUGAUGAUCUAUACCACUUGAUCGAAUCGCAGUGCGGCGAACUGGUGCCAUUAGAGGGACCUGAGUCACUUAUUGAUGAGGAUAUACACGACUUCCACAAAGUGGAGUACGGCGAACUGGCCCCAUUAGAGAUACUUGAAGACUUCUCUAGCGGCGACUCAGAUAGUUGUGACUCACCACCUACUCCAACGGAGUUUGCUAAUAAUCUCGGUACCUUUGGUGCUCUGUCCGGCAAGUGCAAACCUGAAUCUUUGAAUGAAACCGUCAUUGGAGGUGCAGUUGUGAGCAAUCUCUCUUUGGUGGUACCUGACCGAAAGGCGACGAAGGAAUUCGUAGAACUUCCCACCAUCCCUAUCGAAGACCAAAAGGCGACGACGGAAUUCGCAAGUCUUCCCAUCAUCCCCAUCAAAGGAAGUAACAAUGUGACCACGCAGCUAUUGGCAGAAGUCCCAGGGGAGACUUCUGAGGGAAAGACACGCCAACUCCCUAUUUUGCUUUUGCCGGAAGAAGGGAAUCAUGUACCGGUCGCCACAGCUAUGCAUAGCGAGCUCCCAGCUGGCGCGACGAUGCUUUCGGAUUUGAUCACUGUGGCCUCGAAUACAGACGCGACAGAAUCGGGAGAGAAGAAGAAAAUCGUUCAAUCCAAACUUGACAACUAUAUGUUGUCGGGAGACAUUAAGAACGUAUUCGGCAUCAAGGGCUUGAAGGGCAAGCUUUAUAAGUUCAAGGGUCCUGGGGAGCAGGCUGGGGAUGGAGAGAAGAAGGAGGAGAACGCUGAAGCAGAUAAAGAUGACACAGAUGGUAAAACAGAGGAUGAUGGUGAGGGGGAGAGUUCAGAGCCUGCACGUGAAAAGGUCAAGUUGAACCCAAAAAGUUUGGCAUUGAAGGGAGAACCUUUGGGAACGCUCUUUCCAUUUAUCGAAGAUGUGGACCUCAAGAAAAUGCCCAUAACCAACCUCGAGUUUACCUAUUGUGAGGAGAAGCAGAGCGCCUUCUUCCCUCCUGGCCUGCGCUUAGAAGCCGAUGUAUUGCUCAAAGAUAGCCUCCAGUGGGCGAGCGAUGCACUGAAGUCAAUGUUCGGUGAUCAGAAGCCGCCUGACUCGAUCCAUCUCAGUGCCCAUCUUUCAGAUACAAGAGAUUGGUCUAAGCGACCAGUGAUUGAGAAGUUUGUGCUCCAGGGCUACUUUAGAAGCAUCGGUUUGAAGACUUGGGACGUCCUUCAAUUUACGACAAUGGGUGUUGAGAUCACUGGUACCAAGGCAGCCAAGGGAAAGCGUAAGAAGGACUCAUCCACCGAUGAUUCGAACGGAAACAAGGACAAAGACGAACCUGAUGAGUCUGAGAACGAGCCCAAAGAUGACGAGAAGGAUGAGACCGAGACAGAAACAGAGGAAAAUGAGAAGUCCACGGAUGAAAACGAAGAGGGAGAGAAGGAAGAGGGGGAGAAGGAAGAGGAUGAAGGGAAAAAGCCCAAGGAGAAACACAAUGAUUACCAAAUUCCUCACGCUAAUGCUCCUUUAGAGUUGAACUACCGCAUUGCUCGGGACUUUGAAGCCGAUGGGAGUGGAGGCAAUAAGGAUGACCAAGAAGAUGAGCAGAAGGAGGACAAACCCGAGGACAAACCCGAGGACAAACCCGAGGACAAACCCGAAGAGAAGGAUGAGGAAAAGACCGAAGCCAACGGCAAAAAGAUUGUCAAGGGUAGCUCUAAAAGCUCGAGUGGAAAGUCUCUAAAGAAGCCUAAAAAGCAAUACUCGGAUGGCGAACACAAGAAAGUGUGGAGCUUGGUUAUCUUCUCUGAGGAAUGGAAGGAUAUCUACGGCAUUAAGAACGUCUCGUUGACAAAGGCCGAGUUCAAAGCCUCCUUCGAACAGGGUAAGUUCUCAGAGACCGUAAGCCUGGAUCUGUCAGCAAAGCUGGAUUUGGGAAGCGGAACCCUUGAAGUCACAGGGAAAUUCUCCAAGAAUGAAAACUUCCUGAAUGCCGAAGUGGGCGACCUCACGCUCAGUGACAUCAAGAAGAUCCACGCACAAAUCGCUGGUUACGAGGUGCCAAAGGAUGACGCAAGUGAAGAAGCAAAAGGCAACGAAAUCACAUUCAAGAAGCUUCAUCUCAACCUGUCUAGCAAGAAGGUUGGCGAAAUUACAGAGAGAUGCUUGCAAUUGGAUGGCUCCGUUACAUUCAACGAACAUUCUAGUGCGAGUGCCAUGAUCAAGAUCGAUCAGGAUGGUUUGACAAUCAAUGGAGAUGUUAAGGAGUUUAACAUUCCUGACACUCAGAUCAAGAUCCAGAAGGCCGGAAUGUACAUCUACAUUGGAUUCAAACAGGGCAAGAAGAGUAAAAAGAGCAAGAAGACAGUCAAGGGUCAGAAGAACCCCAAGGCUAUCACUGACGGAGGAGCAGAAAAGGAGAUCAACAAACCCGAUGAGAAAGAGAGCAAAGGUGACGCCGUUGACGACGACAAAGCCGUGACAAAGACAGAAGACGAAGGAGAGAAGCCCGAGGAGAACCAAGAAGUAAGCAAGCGAGAGAGCCAGUUCUCUAUCCUCGGUACUGUUCAAAUUGAGAAGUUCACUGUGACCGUUGGUCUCCAUAUCGAGAAGAAGAAAGACAAGCAGAAGCGUGACUGGGUUCUUGUUGGCAGUGUCGAUAGCAUCAAACUGAACCAGCUUUGGCCAGCUCUUGAGGGCGGGUUUUUGGACCUUGAGCUGGUCCAUGUUGCACUCAUUGCAUCCUCAGAGGAUAGAAAGAGAAAGAACCCAAGUGAAGAAGUGACUGAAGUGACUGAAGUUGACAGUUGGGAUGUCCUCGCCCAAGUCGAUUCGUACAACUACCCCGUCGCCAAAGGUGUUCAAUUGUUUGCAACCAUUAAGAAGUUCGACGCCCUUGACCAAAUGACUGACGGCAAGAAGAUCGGUGGCCUUGUGUUGGGUGUGGGCUUCUCUCGGGGCAAUUUACAAUUCACUAUCGAUAUGCCCAAGUCACUCGAGGUUCCUCUCCGUGACUAUGCAAAACUGGGUGAAUUCGGCGCCGCCAUCGUCGCUGGUGAUGGUAGUCCCUACCUGCAGCUGAAUGCCACCUUGACUUUGCUGUUUGAUGAUCAACCUCCGAUCAGGGUUAGAGGUAACAUCAAGGGAGCCAUUGAACGUGCCCAUGGACAACUUUACAUGGACUCAGAGGACAAGUGGGCCAACCCUUUUAAGUUGAACAAGAAGGUUGUAAUCUUGAAACUUGGAAUUGGUGCCGGAUUCAAAUAUGCGACUGUCCUUGUUCAUGGGCCUGAUCGUUUGGAGGCUGCGGGAAGACUCAAUAUCGGCGACGAUUUCAAUGCAGAGAUGAUCCUGAGCUUGGGCAUUGGUAAGGAGCAAGUGAUCUCUGUAGAGAUCAGUGAAAUCAAUAUUGGGAAGCUUUUUCGACUGGCAGCUGAGAUGGCCGAUUUUCAGGCAUUGAAAAAAGACCUCAGUAACGCUGACAAAAUCCUCAUCUUCCGUGAUCUCAAGUUUUAUUUCUCCACGGGUGCCCAGGUCUUUGAUGUUUACUAUGAACGUGGUAUUCACAUCAAAGGUGAGGUAGAAUUUUUUGAGAAGAAGGGUAAUUUCGACGGACGCUUCAACGACGAUGGUGUCGGGAUCCAGGCAGGUAUCGACAACUUGAACAUUGGAGGCCUCGAAGUCAAAUCUGCUUCAGCUGAUGGAAAAUGCGCGACAGUCGACAUUGAAAUGACAAAGGAGAAGCCGAAAAUUCUGAUCGACGGAAUGAUUCAGUAUCAUGACUUCCAUGUGAAGAUAUUCAUUGAUGCUGAUGUGCAAGAAAGACGUUUGGAUGCCGAUAUUUCCAUUCAAUUCCUUGAAAAUCUGUCCCUCCAGCUCAAGGCAAAGGUCAGAGUUCCCGAGGGCAGGUCACUGGACGGACUAGAGGCGAGGUUUGAAGCAGAGCUUCGACCAGACCUUUUCGGUGCGAUCUUCGAUGGUAUCGAGCAGAGCAUUGAUGCGCUUGGGAAGCUCGCAACACAGACCAUCGACAAUGCCAUAGAGGAUCUCGAAGGGCAAAUCAAUAAACAUGACCAGGAACUGAACGGGAUGCAGAAGCAACUGGAUCAGAUGCGGAUCAAUUCAAAUAAAGAGGUCCUCAAACGGCAAAAUGAAAUUGAGCGUGACGAUGAUGAGCUGACCAGGUUGAGAAAUGAACUUGAUCGCCUUGAGCAAAACGUGAAGGAUGCCCAACGUAAAAAAGACAAGAACACUGGUGAAAUCAACAGGAAAAAAUCUCAAAAAGAGGCUGCCCAGCGCAAGCUUGAUGCUAAGAUACGAGAUAUGACGUCCGAGUACGAGCGCAAGUUGAAGGAGCAGAAAAACAACCAGAGAGAGUGGGAGUCGGAGAAGCAGAGGCUGGAAGCCCAAAAGGAGUUCUCAUGGGGCGAUAUUUUCAGGAGUGCUGCAAUUGCAGAGGGAGUGAGGAAGCUUUGGGAUGAUCGAGUGUACCAGGCAUAUGUUAGGAAGGAACAACUCUGGACUGCUCACUUGAAUGCUUCAUUUUUGAACAAGGCUGGAACGUGGUUCAUAUUCUCAGAAGCUAAUGCUGGCUUGGAGUCAGUGAAGGCACAGCGGGAUCUUAACAUGGGUUUCUUGAAUACUGCAAGCAAUGUCAUGAAAACCCCAGAAUUCAGAGAAAUUGAAAGGGGCAUCAACAAUGCUGUAGACGAGAUUAACAAAUUUGGCAGAGCGGUAGAUGCGCUGACGAGAGACGGCCUCUACGGUUACAUUCGAGAAAUGUCUCGAGAUGAGAAAGCAGAACUGAACCGCGAGAUCCAACUUCUUGAGGACCUUCAGAGAGAAAGCAGAGAAUUGACAGCUGCACUUACUAAGGCGAAGAAUGAGCUUGAAAGGAACAGGGGCAGAAUUACAGCUGAACAAAGGAAAGCCCAGAAUGAUAUUGUGAGGCUCGAGCAGGAGAUAAAGCUCAAGCCUUUCGACAGUGAAUUCCGAGCCAAACAACGCGAGCAUGCCAACGUUACCGCGCAGGUUCACGCCCUCCAGCAAACUCUCAAGGAUGUCAGAAAUGGCAUCGAUGCAAGAACCAAAGCAGCGAAGCACACCAUCGAAGAGCUGAAGAAGGGAACCCCCCGAAUUACUCUCAUUGUGGUCAAGGCAAGCACAGAUGUCUUCAUUAAGAACGAACCACUGGUCUUUUCGGUUGAUGUGGAGUGGCUGGGUGAGAAAAAGAAGUAUGAGGUGACUUGGGCACCAGGAGCCAACCCGGGAGAUCUGUACAAGGGCAUUGCAGACAAGAUCAUUGGCGGUCGUUAG